UGUGAACUCUCUCCAGCAGUUUUCUUGGUGCCCGUGGUUCCUUUGGAGAGAUGGAGGAUCGGGUGGCUCUCCCAUGGGGCAGAGCUCCUGCCAGGGCAGCCAGCCCUCACUUUGCCCAGGAGCCACCAGCAGCACCCAGCAAGGAGGGCACUGCAGAGAGUCCAGCCCCACUGCUGCCAGCAGGAAGAAGAAGCACAGCAGUGCCUUUAUCUUGUGUUCCCUUUGGCCAAAGGAGCUGCUAAGGGCAGGUUGACACGGACAGUCACCUGGGGACAGGAGCUGGGAGCCCUGGGAGCCCUGGCAUGGCUGGGCCCUUGCCCUGGGCACCGCAGCCCCAAUGCCACGAGCUGAGGUGUGAUAGGAGCAGCCACAUCAGCUGAUGGAGAAUUGUGGCUAUAAAAACCCCCUGCUGGCCCCUGCAGAGCCACACCGAGCCCACCAUGGCCAACAUGCUGCCUGCUUGCCUGCUCGUGGCCCUGCUGCUCCUGGCCCCAGCCCUGGCAGAGCAGCAGGAGCGAGGGCUCAUCAUGAACCUGGACAUCGGGGAGCUGUGCCUGCAGAGUGCCCAGUGCAAGAGCGGCUGCUGCCACCGCGUCAACGGGCUCAGCCUGGCCCGCUGCGCUCCCCGGGCAGCCGAGACCCAGGAGUGCUCUCCCAAGAGCAUCUAUGGGGUGUACUACAAGUGUCCCUGUGAGAACGGCCUGACCUGCGACGCCGAUAAAACCAUCGUGGGCUCCAUCACCAACAAGGACUUCGGGCUCUGCAGGGACCCCCGGGACUCCAGGAGGCGGUGAAGAAAGAGCCCCCCUGUGCCCCUCUGUGCUGCCCCUGCCUCUCCCCCUCUCCAGGCAUUCCUGGCUCUAGCUGUGCAAGGAUUUGAAUAAAGACCAGCUUCUGCAGA